CUUGACCUCGAUUUCGCUAAAAUACUAUGACAUCCGAGGCCUUGGAGUCCUUGCUUUUCAAGGCUACCAACCCGUCUAAUAAGAUAGAGGAUGUGAACACCAUCAAGAAGUUCUGUGAUACGGUUCGAAACACGAAAGAAGGACCCUCGAUCGCGUGCAAAUUGAUCGCGCACAAGAUUCAAUCGCCUCAAGAACGUGAGGCCAUUCAGACUUUGGCCGUUCUCGAGGCUUGCGUUAAAUCUUGCGGCGAGGCCUUUCACAUCGAGGUCGGCAAGUUUAAGUUUCUCAAUGAGAUGAUCAAAUUGGUGUCUCCGAGAUAUCUGGCCGGCCGCACGCCGGAUCAUAUCAAGAAGAAGAUCAUCGAGCUCCUGUUCCUUUGGACCAAAGACCUGGGGAAUGAGGGCAAAAUCAAAGAGGCUUAUGAGAUGCUGAAGAAGCAAGGGAUUGUCACGGAGGACCCGAUUUAUGUGGGCGGGGCUGUGUUUGCCUCCUCACUACCACCACGCCCGGAUGCGCCUCUGACGCAAGCUCAGACGCAAGAGCUGAAAAAGCUCCUCCAAAGCAAGAAUCCUGAGGAUCUGGAGAAAGCUAACACCAUCAUCAAAGGCAUGGUCAAGGAGGAUGAGAGGAAGAUGGAUCAACUCACGAGGAGAUCCACGGAGUUGAUCAUGGUGAAUAAUAAUUCGAAAUUACUCAACGAGAUGCUUGACCAUUUCGAGAAAGCCAGGUCCACUCCUCAAGAGUUGGAGUUACUCAAGGACUUGCAAGAAUCGUGCGAGAAGAUGCAACCUAAGCUGUUCCGAUUGGCCUCGGAUACCGACGAGGACGACGAGACCAUCAACGAGAUCCUUCAGGCCAGCGAUGAGUUAUCCAAGGUCUUGGAUCGCUAUAGAAUGGUCAUUGUCCAAGGAAAACCGGAUAUCAUUAAACGACAAGGAUAUUUGUCCGAGGGUAGAUCUUCAAACCCGGGAAAUUCGAACUCUGACGCCUUGCUAGAUCUUGGACCCAUUCCAUCUGAAUCGAAACCUUCAUCACAUUCCAUCGUGGACGACGACAUUUUAGGCUUGGAGAGUGCCUUCCAAGCGAGUUCGAGUCCCAAGACAACUCCUGUUCAAAUCAAGACCAUCGCUCCCAGCAUCGACGACCUGUUAAAUGGCUCUCCACCAUUGGACAGUGGGGAGCCAUCGCUGAUCAUGGGUUCGAACUCGAGUUCCAGCGCUUCACUGUCCUCGAAAGCCAACCCUUUGGAUCCCUUUGCUCAGAAGAUGGAAGCCAAAAAAGCCUCGAGACAACGAGGUUUAGAAGCACUCGAUUUGUUGGGCGAAACCGCGCUCAAAUCCCACCUGACCUCAAGAAGUCCGCAAUUUGAGAAGAGAUGCGAGAAAGUUCCAAUGUCCAAGAUGAUCGAUCACCGCCGAGAAUUGGAUUUGACGGCCUCCCUGACCGAACCAGUGGCUCCAAGUUCCCGAAGUCCGGUCACGGAUUCUCCCACCACAGUAGACAUUCCCAAACCACCCGAGAUCCAAGUGCAAAAGCCCAAAGAGGAACCCCCCUUCAAACUGUCUGAUCUCGAGGUGGCCAUAUCUAGUAUUAAGCCCAGAAAGUCUCCGCCCAUAACAUUGCAAGACUCGGAGGACGGUAUCUCGAUCCUGUUGAACUUUGGUCAGGAUCAGCCUCGGGAGCAUGUGACGGCCAUUGUGGUCACGAUCAUCAACAAAUCUCCAGAAGCCAUCACUGACCUCGAGUUCAAGGCCGUAGUGCCGAAAGGUUGUAAAGUCAAGCUCCAGACAGCUUCAGGCCAAUCUCUUCCGGCUCAUAAUCCUUUUGUGCCUCCGUCAGCCAUCACCCAAGUAAUGUUGGUUGCCAAUCCUAAGCAAAUCUCACCCGUUUCCUUCAAAUACGUGUUAAGCUACAAUCAGGACGAUGAUCCGCAAACAGAAUUAGGUGAAAUCAAAAGUCUCCCCCUUUAAGACCUGACUUUUUCUUCUUGAAGUGCUUCUUUGGUCAAGAUAGGUGAGAAAAGAAAGCUUUGUAGUGUGUGUGUAUGUGUGAUAACAUGUUGAUUUGAAACAAAACAACCAUAUAUAUAUAUUUACAAUGCUAGUUAUGUUGUAAUUCUGCCAUAAAAAUUAUUAGUUAUCCUGCCAAACGGGCUCACGUUUUUCCACAAAUGCGGUCAUGCCCUCUUUGCGAUCCUGAGUGGCAAACGUGGCGUGGAACAAUCGCUUUUCCGUGGCUAAGCCUUCACUCAAGGCGCUCUCAUAAGCCGCAUUGGUGGCCUGUUUGCAAAUGGCUACGGUCAAUUUCGAUUUACUCGCAAUUUUGUCGGCAAUUUUGAUG